AUGAAAGUGAGAUGGGUCGGAGCUAUAUUAAACGCAAUGAAUGAAAUCCAGAGGAACUUGUCAAGGCUUACAACACCCUAUCUACUUGUCCAUGGUGAUGGAGAUCAAUUAGUGAAGAUUGACGGUUCACAUUACUUACAUGAGAAUUCUCCCAGUAACGACAAGACAUUUAAGGUACACGAAUGAGCUGCUUUGCUGACGGCACUGAGCGAUCUAAUAGCCUCUCUAUGGGUAUUUCCGACGAAUAGUUAGGGCACUUGACGGUAUAUCAUGAUGGCAGGAAGAGGCGGUCAAGAAACGGCGUUUGUUCAUGUGGUGAUAUUGUCCUGCCCGGGGUAGGAGUUUCGGCCACUUUGUUCCAAGCGUAAUUAUUUGAACUUAUCCCAACAAAAGUCGUGAUUUGUCUAAACCCUUUAAACCCCAAGAGUGAACAAUAUCUAUUUUCUCCUAACAAUGUCACCACAUUUUCAAGGGAAAGGGUUAUGAGAAUUUAAAAAAUAAUCACCAAAGAGGAAAUUCUCGUCACCAAACGGGUGUCUAAAGAAUAAUAUAGAGUUUUCUCUCUUCGGCCAAUUUUCCGUCCCGUUGUCAUUUUUAAAUCUACCUAUUAUUAUUUCAUUAGAAACUCAACUGCGUGAAAAACUUGCUUUUCAGGUUUACAAAAAUGGACGCCAUGAACUGUUGAAUGAGGUGGAAGAAACUGCGAGCGUGAUUUACAAGGACAUUCUAGACUGGAUCCAGCAAAAGCUACCUUGA